AUGAGUCCUGCCCCCAAGAGGCCUAUAUCUGCUAGAAAUUAUCAGCUGAUCCAGUACCUUAAGUUCAGAGGAGAGCUUAAGACUGACUUGAAUUUGCUGCUUGAAUGCCUUAAGUGUCAAAUGGAUUCACCUUCUGCACAGAAACAAGCUCUGGUUACCAUUUAUACUGUCUGUCAACAAAAUGGUGACAUCAGUAACUACUUUCGUGAAAUCGGUGGACAGCUCUUUGUAUGUAACCUUGCCCUGUCUAGUAAACAUUUUGGUGUGAAAGAGGCUUCUUUCUUUCUGUUAGGAGCUUUAGCUGAAAGCAACGUGUUUUGUCAACAAGUGCUUUGCAAAUCAGACUUGCUGAAAGAAUUAGCACUGUCACUUUCACAUGAGUCCCCUUUAAGCUUAAAAAGAGUAGCAGUAUAUCUAUUGUUGGCACUUGUCACUAACAACAAAGAUGGGCAGUUACUUGUUACAAAAACUGGCUGCAUAGAUAUUCUUUUAAACUUGCUGCGCUUCCCCAUUUCACAUCAAAGUAAAAUAUAUGAAAAUAUAUCUUCAUGUUACCAGUUUUGGAUGUCUGUAUUCAGCACUCUUUGUGCCUGUGUUAAUAACCCACAAAAUGAAGAGAAUCAACGAAUAUGCACAAGUAUCUUUAAAGAUAUAAAUUCUUGGCUACAGAAGCAUAACUGCAAGGAUAUUAUUCAGCCAGUUUGUUCAUUUGUUGGUCUAACUGUUGCAAAUAACUCUUCUGCCCAGGAAUAUUUUUCUGCAAUUGGAGGUUUAGAUACUCUUGCUCAGAUGUUGAUGAAACUAAGUGAUGAAUCUCUCCAAAACCCAUCAGCCAGUGAAAGUGCAGUUAUAGUAAUAAAAACCCUUUGUUCUUGUAUUGCUGACAAUGCUGCUCUGGCUGCAGGACUUUCAAAAUAUAAUAUUGUAAGAAAGCUGCUUUUGUUGCUGUCAAACUGUGAUUUAAACACAAGCAACAAAUUAUGUAUCAUACUUACUCUUGGCCAUUGUACUGUAGCUGCUGAGUGUGGAUCCAGUACCAACUGGAUGGCAGUAUUUUCAACCUGUGAAGAUUGUCAGCCCACUCAAAAACCUCUAAGAUCUGUUGAUGGCAAAAAAUUUGUUCAGAGGAUGAAGAAGAUGCGGAAACUGAAUAUAGGUGUGGAACUGAAAAGCCUAGAGGAUCACAUCAGGGAGGAACAAUGUGAGGAACACCGACUUCAUUUUUUACAGAGCAAUGGCCUUCCACAGAUGAUACAGCUACUUUCUGAAUUUCAAAGUGAAGAACUGAGUAAAGCUGUAACAUUUGUUCUACAGAGUUGUAAACAAGUUACUGAAAACCUGUCACUUGGUUUGGUAAACAAUAUUGAUGGUGGUAGAGCAAAAUUUCCAAGACAGACCUCACCAUAUCCUAAUUUAAUGAUUUACUGGAAGAUUGCAGAAGAAAUACUACACAAAAUUCAUAAAAUAGACAGUCAGUUUUGUGAGUGCACAGGAGUAGUAGAAGAUCAAGAAAUGACUUUCACUGCCAAUGUAGACGUUAAUGAGGAGGCUUGUUUAAAGAACCAGGAAUUACAGAGGCAAGAAGUAUUUCCAAACAAGCCACAUGGUGGAGCCUCACACCCUGCAGAGAUUGUCAAUCAGACAAGAGUUUCAAAAAACAUUUCAGAAAACAGAAUGAUUCAGUCUUGUUCAGGACCAGCAGCUACACAAUCUUAUUUUGGAGUCAACACAGCAGGAACAACAGACGUUCCAAAGUCAUUUGGUGUGGAAUCAAAGAGAAGACCUAUAUCCAGACAACCAGCACUCAUCAAAAUCAAUAAGAAAAGCAGUGAUAAUCCAUUUCCAUAUGUAAAAGAGGCAAGUUCAGAUUUUCAGCCUUUUGCCAAAAAAUAUACUGUUCCAAAUGCAUCAGAAUUAUUGAAGAAUAAUGCUAAUCUAUGUUCAGGAUGUGUUGCAGCUGGAAGUACAAUUGACAGCAAGAAUUGUUGCCAACUCUUGACUUUUUGCCCAUCUAAAUGUUACUGGCACAAGUUUCUACUGGAAAGUGAAGGCAAGUACAAGCAGAAGUUAAGGAGGUUGCUGAGAAAUUCAGAAAACAGUUUUUAUGAAGAUUUUUCCUUGACACCUUUACAAAAAAUACUGCCAGAUGACAAUUCAGCUGUUUCCAGAUGUGGUUUGUAUGAAGAAGCUAGCAGUUUUGUUUUAUCCCCACAGAGAUGUAAAUGGUAUAGGGAUUAG